AUGGAUGCUCUUCGAGCCUAUCAAAACAGCGACAGUGAGCAAUCCGAUGAUGAGAUGAUAGGUAUCGCUCAAGGAAAGAGCAAAACACUAAAUAUGGAGAAUUCUCUGCUGGUAAUUUUAAUGUGUUGAUAAUUUUUAAUGAAGUGUUUCAGGUGGCCCCUGACGUUCAAACGAAAAGCGCAAUCAACCAAAUCGCUAUUGUUGAUCCCAAAACAAAGGAAAUCAAAACCAAUCCAACCUACGAUCAAUUAUUUCAACCCGAGGUAUUCCCGUUAAUUUUGAGAUUUUUUGAUAGUAAUCUUUCAGUCUGGACCAACGAAUCCGUUCAAGUCAGACCGCCAGAAAGCGCAAAAAAACACUUUGACUGGAUUUGUAGAGCCGGCGCAUUUCAACGAAUUUCAUUUCAAUAAAGAGAUUCGCAGUUUUGACACGCUAGGUUACGCCAGGAAUCCGACUGCGGAGAAAGGUGUGGCGUGAACUUUCAACUAGUGAAGGCUUUUAUUUUGAGGUACGGAGUUCAUUGGAGACAAGCUGAAAGCCGAGGAGGAGGGCGGGAUUUCUUUGUUCGAACAUAAGAAGACCGGAGGAGAAAAAAGAAAACGCGUUCGAAAUGCCGAUGCGGCUGAUAUUGAUGGAUUUACUGGUUGGUUUAUUUUUUAGAAUUUAACAAUAUCUUCUCUAAUGUUGGCCAGUAGAAUCCGUUUGGCUAAAAGUCCUAAUUUUGCAAAAAGGGGUGCUACUGCCGAUCACCCGGUGGUUUUUAGCGUUUCCGAUGAUCCCGGGGUCUUUUCGCGGCUAAAAAUUGCGUUUCGGGUAAUGGGCGGUAGCACCCGCGGGUGCCAACGGGAGAUUAUAGGCUUUUCCGAACCAGCUUGUCACGAUUUUUGUUUCCUCCAAGCCAGAGGAUCAUUCAGUUUGAAGCACGUGAGAUGUCCCUCAGCCUGCUUCUUUUAUUUGGCCUAACAUUUCCGUUAUAUUAAAGGCGCACGCAGAGAUAAUGUCGCGCGCAUCGAAGGGAAGGCUUCUGUAGCUUGGAGGAAAACGAAAGUCGCUAAGCUGGCGCGGAAUGGGCUAUAUAUUCACUAUUAAUAGGGCCGUGGGCGAAGUACGAAGACGAAAAAACGGUCGCGAAGCCAGAUCCUGAGUUACAAAAACAGAUGGACGAGAUAGUCAAGAAGGUAUUACUUUCCUACUUUUCUUUAACUAACUGAGUUUUCAGCGACAAGAAAAGAGUCGAAAGUUCAAGAAAGAGCAGAAAGAUAACGAGCAAAUGGCAGACGAAUCGACCACGUUCCACUGUUCGUCAUUCUUUCUUUUUCUCAGAACCUAAAUAUUUUUCUUAGUGCGUCAAGCGGAAGACUAUCAAGGCCGUUCAUUCCUCCAUCCUCCGAGUUUCACUGGAAUCAACUUGCGAGCCGACUAUGUGCCUGAAAGGUAAAAAUUAGUUUUUUCCGUCGACCUGGAUCAUUUUGAGAUGUUACGUGCCGAAGAAGUUGGUCCACACCUACCGAGGACACAACAAGAGUGUCAAUUGCCUGCAAUAUUUCCCGAAGAGCGCCCAUCUCUUCCUCUCCUGCUCAAUGGACACCAAGGUUUGUAGCUGAUGAAGUAGUUUCUUAGGAUCUCCAGAAUGUCCCCCUAUAGGGGCUUUUAGAGGGUCUCUUCUAGGGACCUAUUUUCAAAAACCGCUCAUUUAUUUUAUUUUUGCCUUCUUCGCAUAGUGUUCAUAAAAAAUUAUCAUCUAGAAUGUCCCCUAGAGGAAACCAGAGGGGUUGCUCCCGUAGGGAGCAUUCUGGAGAAACCCAACUUUUUAGCCUCCUUUAGUUGCUUUUUCCCUUACCCCUAUAGGGACCACUCUGAAUUUUCCAAGUUCAAAGAAAUUAAUAAAUUAAGCGAUUAUAAAUCAUUUUUUUCAAUUAAAACCCCAUUUAUAGAUCAAACUUUGGGAGGUUUACGGGAAGCAAAGCAUUGUCCGUACAUAUGCCGGCCACAAACUGCCAGUUAGGGAAGUCGCUUUCAAUAACGACGGAACCGAAUUCCUCUCUGCGAGUUUCGAUCGCUAUAUCAAGUUGUGGGACACGGAAACUGGCCAGGUUUCUAGCGGCAUUAUUUCAAAGAGAAAAGGGUCUUCAGGUGAAACAAAGGUUCCACACGAGCCACGUCCCGUACUGCAUCAAGUACCACCCGGACGACGACAAGAACCACAUGUUCCUGGCCGGAAUGCAGAACAAGAAGAUCAUCCAAUGGGACAGUCGGACGAACGAAAUCAUUCAGGUUGUUACAUAGGCAAAGACGGAAAGGGUGGAAAAAGGCUCCUCCUUGCGCCAUUUAAUAGGCUUUUAUGCACCAUUUUUUGCUGCCUCUUCCCUUUUCCACCAUUUCUUGAGCCUUUAACAUCCCAGAAAAAAUGAAAGGCUCGAUAAUGGGACUCUUUUUGCUGCCUUUCUGCGCCUUUUUUGAUUCUUCCGAUUUUACGCGAGAAAUCUGCUCCUUGUUUCAGGAGUACGACCGUCACUUGGCUCCAGUCAAUUCCAUCACUUUCUUCGACAAAAACCGACGGUUCUGCUCGACGUCCGAUGACAAAUCCGUGCGCAUCUGGGAAUGGGAAAUCCCUGUAGACACGAAACUCAUCCAAAACGUCGGCCUUCACUCAAUUCCCACCAUGACAAAGAGUCCCAACGGUAAAUUGACCCUUUUCAUUCGAUUUUCCCAUGUUUAUAAGUUCGAAUAAUCGUAUCAGAGAUGGGCGGAAUUCCGCGUUUUCCGAUUAGAUUUUUUUCUAAAGAGUUUUUUUAAAAAAAUGUUUCACAGUCCAAUAUUUUUCAUCCGCCAACUGUCGAAAAAAAUCAUCUAAAGAAAAAAAGUUCAUAAAUAUCAUUUUGAUAAUCCAAAAAAAUUCGAAAUUGAUGAUUUCCGCGCUUUUUCAAGUGCAAGUUUGCUUCCCAAAAAAAUUUCCAGGGUUUAUUUCGCAUUCUGCAAUAUAAAAAUUAAGCUCCACCCAUUUUUGCUGUGUUUGUUACUGGAUUGGUCGGCCUCUUGAUUAAUUUUUUUUACGUACUUUUCGGCAGUUAAAUUUUUUUUAAGAGCAGAUCCGAAAAUUCUUCUAGAUGUAACGCUUAAAGUUCUGUCUUUUUCCAGAUCGUUGGGUGGUGGGACAAUCGAUGGACAACCGGAUUGUUCUGUUCCAAUUAAUCGAUGAUAAGCUGAGAUUCGCGCGGAAAAAGGCAUUCCGGGGACACAACGCAGCCGGAUACGCGUGCAAUAUUGACUUCAGUCCGGACAUGAGGUCGAUUUUUGAGGCUUUUUCCAAAUUAUUUCCCAUUUUCAGCUUUAUCAUCAGUGGCGAUGCAGAUGGAAAACUGUUCAUCUGGGACUGGAGGACACAUAAAGUUGUCGCCAAGUGGGUUUUUGUUAAUUUAAAAUGGUUUUUUCCUGGUCAGUGACAUAGAUGGGCAAGUACAUAGAUCAUUAAGCCGGUGAGGAGGGGUUGGUUCUAUAAAGUUUGUCGGAGAUUUAUACGUUGAGUUUACGUAAUCGAAAAAUCAAAAACGAACCAAAAGCUGUGAAUUUAGAUGGACGGCACACGAAAGCACUUGUAUCGCGGCUCAUUGGCAUCCACACGAGAAAAGCAAAAUUAUCACCGCCGGCUGGGACGGCGUCAUCAAAAUGUGGAACUAA